CUCAGUCUCCACGCACAACUACCCGCAGCCAGUGCGCACAAUUGGCUUGUCCGAUUCUCACAGCCUCCGGGACCCAAACGACCUAUAAGACUAUUUUGAUUUUUUUUUGGGAGGGUCUUUUUCCUCCCAUAAUCCCCUUACCCCUUUCGCCCGCCAUUCUCAAAUUCUUUUGGGGUACUCUUUACGCGCGUGUUUGUGUGCGCGAGUGGCGACGGCUUGCUGGCGUUUCGCCUUUCAGCUCCACGGGACGUGAUGUAGCCCCCCUCCCCCGUCCCCCUCCUCGCACAGAAAGGACGCAGCCUCGUGCCAUAAAGGGAUGUAAGGGACAGCGGCGUGGAUACAUCCCCAGGACGCGCACGGCGGACUCGAGCGAAGCGGCUGCACGAGGAUAUUGAACCGGAGCGACCGCAGGUCACUGUUUUGGAUUCGUUUUGUUUUCUUGCUCAUCGGACCCUCCCCAAUCCCAUCUCUCUCAUCAAGUCCGUUCCCUGCCCGUGGUGCGUAAGGACGAGUACCCCCCACAACCCCCCCCCCCCCGCGACUCAAAAACAGCUGAGGGAGAGAAAUGCUCGCUUAUACUUUGCCGGGAAGGACGUGAGCUCUCCUUGCGUCUCACCGGUGCUUUCUAAAUGCGCGGUCACACCUUGAUUUUUCGAUCUGUCAUGUGACAUACAGGAUUGGCGAGGAGAACACUCAAGCCCCCCCCCCCCACUGCGCCUCACACCAAGAUUUUGGACAGCUUCUGGCACCAGAGCAACCGGCCUCACAGUGGAUGCAGCCGCGCCAUAAAGGAGGCAAAAGACUGAACUCAACUGGGACCGUCGGCAGCGGGCGGUAAGAGGAGGAGGCCAUGUGGACCGCACGCCUGCUAGUCUUCGCCAGCCUCUUCGCACCAGCCGCUCUCGCCUUCAGCCGAGCACCCAUCCCCAUGGCGGUGGUGAGGAGGGAGCUGUCGUGCGAGAGCUACCCCAUCGAGCUGCGAUGCCCGGGCACGGACGUCAUCAUGAUCGAGAGCGCCAACUACGGCCGCACCGACGACAAGAUCUGUGACGCCGACCCAGCGCAGAUGGAGAACACCCGGUGUUACCUCCCGGAUGCGUACAAGAUCAUGUCACAGAGAUGUAACAACCGGACCCAGUGUGCCGUUGUGGCCGGACCAGAUGUAUUUCCUGACCCUUGCCCGGGAACCUACAAAUAUCUUGAGGUCCAAUAUGAGUGUGUCCCCUACAAAGUGGAACAAAAAGGCUCCUCAGUAUUCCUGUGCCCAGGGCUUCUGCGCAGGGUGUACCAGAGCGAGCACCUCUUUGAAUCGGACCACCAGUCAGGAGCCUGGUGCAAAGACCCGCUCCAAGCCUCCGAUAAGAUCUACUACAUGCCCUGGACGCCGUACCGCACCGACACCUUGACCGAAUACUCCUCCAAAGAAGACUUUAUCGCCGGAAGGCCGACCACCACUUACAAACUCCCGCACCGCGUGGACGGAACGGGCUUCGUGGUCUACGACGGGGCGCUCUUCUUCAACAAGGAGCGCACGCGCAACAUCGUCAAGUUCGACCUGCGGACUCGCAUCAAGAGCGGCGAGGCCAUCAUCGCCAACGCCAACUACCACGACACAUCGCCGUACCGCUGGGGGGGGAAGUCGGACAUCGACCUGGCCGUCGACGAAAACGGCCUGUGGGUGAUUUAUGCCACCGAGCAAAACAACGGGCGCAUUGUGAUCAGCCAGCUGAACCCCUACACGUUGCGCGUGGAGGGCACCUGGGACACCGCGUACGACAAGCGCUCGGCAUCCAACGCCUUCAUGAUCUGCGGGAUCUUGUAUGUGGUGAAGUCUGUGUACGAGGACGAUGACAAUGAGGCGACCGGGAACAAGAUCGACUACGUCUACAACACAGAGCUGAGCAAAGAUGGCUCCCUGGACAUCCCCUUCCCCAACUCCUAUCAGUACAUUGCCGCAGUGGAUUACAACCCCAGGGACAACCUGCUGUACGUUUGGAACAAUUACCACGUCGUGAAGUAUACUAUGGACUUUGGAGCGCUGGACAACAGACUCGAAACGUCGUCCUCUGUAAUGGUGUACAUGGACACAACCACCAUGACAACGAGGAGCACCACUCGACCGACCACCGGCACCAUGACAACCACAUCAGCCAGGACCACCACCACCAAGAUGCCCGCCACAACAAAUGCAAUGGCCCUGUGGCCCCGGACCACAUCCACGGUGGUGGCCCCUGUCCAGACGUCUAUGGAGGGUUUUCUCCCGGAAGACGAAAACAAGGCGCCGCCUUCCUCGCAGUUUCCCAAAAUCCGGGUAGAGAACUGCAACCCCUUGGUGAUGAUGGACAUCUCCUGGCCCAAGACCAAGCAGGGCAUGGUGGCCACGAUGCCCUGUCCACCAGGAACCACAGGUGUGGCCUCAUACGUGUGCGUCGGUCCAGAGGGGUACUGGGACCCCCAGGGACCUAAUUUCAGCAACUGCACCUCCCCUUGGGUCCAACUCAUCAGCCAGAAGCUGAGAGCCGGAGAGACCGCUGCGGUCGUUGCCAGGGAGUUGGCGGAACAAACCAAGCGCAAUCUUCAGGCCGGAGACAUCACCUUCACAGUGAAGGCCAUGGUGCAGCUGGUGGAUCUCCUCGACGUGCAGCUGAGGAACCUCACGCCGGGCGGCAAAGACAGCGCAGCGCGCAGCCUCAACAAGCUGCAGAAAAGAGAGCGUUCUUGCCGAUUUUAUGUUCAGGCCAUGGUGGAGACGGUCAACAACCUGCUGCAGCCACAGGCCCAGGCGGCGUGGAGGGAGCUGAGCACGGGCGAGCAGCUGCGGGCCGCCACCAUGCUGCUGGACACCGUGGAGCAAGGGGCCUUCGUCCUGGCCGAUAACCUGCUGAAGACCGACAUCGUGCAAGAGAACACCGACAACAUCCAGCUGGAAGUGGCGAGGAUGAGCACAGACGGGAACUUGCCUGAUCUGAAGUUCCCACAAACGGGAGGACAGGGCAACGCUAUCCACCUCUCGGCCAACACGUUGAAGCAGCACGGAAGAAACGGUGAGAUUCGGAUAGCCUUCGUGCUGUACAAACACAUCGGGGUCUACCUUUCCACGGAGAAUGCCAGCAUGAAGCUGGGCAGCGAAGCCAUGGCUACCAACUACUCGGUCAUUGUCAACUCACCGGUGAUCACGGCCGCCAUCAACAAGGACUCCAACAAAGUCUACCUCUCGGACCCUGUCGUAUUUACCAUUAGACACCUACAGCAAUCCGAGGAGAACUUCAACCCCAACUGUUCCUUCUGGAGUUACUCCAAGAAAACCAUGACGGGUCACUGGUCGACCCAGGACUGCCGCCUGCUCGGCACCAACAGGACCCACACCACGUGCUCCUGUACCCAUCUAACCAAUUUUGCUGUCCUCAUGGCCCAUGUGGAUGUCAAGAACUCGGACCCUAUUCACGACGUGCUUCUGGACGUCAUUACUUGGGUCGGCAUCCUCCUGUCCCUGGUCUGCCUGCUCAUCAGCCUCUUCACCUUCUGCUUCUUCCGCGGCCUCCAGAGUGAUCGCAACACCAUCCACAAGAACCUCUGCAUCAGCUUGUUCAUUGCUGAGUCCCUGUUCCUGGUGGGGAUCAAUCGGGGUGAUCAGCCGAUUGCUUGUGCUGUCUUCGCCGCCCUGCUCCACUUCUUCUUCCUGGCAGCGUUCACCUGGAUGUUCCUGGAGGGGGUGCAGCUCUACAUCAUGCUGGUGGAGGUGUUUGAGAGCGAGCACUCGCGGCGGCGCUACUUCUACCUGGUGGGCUACGGGGUCCCGGCGUUAAUUGUGGCCGUUUCCGCCGCUGUCGACUACCGCAGCUACGGCACCGACCGAAUUUGCUGGCUUCGCCUGGACACCUACUUUAUCUGGAGUUUCAUAGGACCAGCAACCUUGAUAAUUAUGCUCAAUGUGAUCUUCCUGGGCAUCGCUCUCUACAAGAUGUUCCAUCACACGGCCAUCUUGAAACCAGACUCUGGUUGCCUGGACAACAUCAACUAUCAAGAUUAUGAACCUGAGAUCAAAUCUUGGGUCAUUGGAGCUAUCGCCUUGCUAUGCCUGCUGGGCCUGACCUGGGCCUUUGGCCUGAUGUAUGUCAACGAGAGCACUGUGGUCAUGGCCUACCUGUUUACCAUUUUCAACUCCCUGCAAGGAAUGUUCAUCUUCAUCUUCCACUGUGUGCUGCAGAAAAAGGUGCGUAAGGAGUACGGCAAAUGCCUGCGUACCCACUGCUGCAGUGGCAAAAGUGUGGACAGCUCCGUCGGCUCUGGAAAAGGCACCGCCUCCCGUGCUCCGGGACGUUACUCCACUGGGUCGCAGAGCCGCAUCCGUCGAAUGUGGAACGACACAGUCAGAAAACAGUCAGAGUCUUCUUUCAUGACCGGCGACAUCAACAGCUCUGCAUCCCUGAACAGAGGGGCUAUGGCUAACCAUCUUAUACCUAAUGCACUCCUACGUCCUCAUGGCACUAACAAUCCCUAUAACACAUUGCUUGGGGACUCGGCAGUCUAUAACAACCCUCUGGGCAUGUACAACACACAAGAGCCCUACAGAGAGACAAAGGGAAUCCUGAACAAUGCCCGGGAUACAAGUGUCAUGGAUACUCUACCACUGAAUGGUAACCAUGGCAACAGCUACAGCAUCGCCAGCGCCGAGUACAUGAGUGACUGCGUCCAGAUAAUUGAUCGGGGUUACAACCACAAGGAGACCACCCUGGAAAAGAAGAUCCUCAAAGAGCUCACCUCCAAUUACAUCCCCUCCUACCUCAACAAUUCCCACGAGCGCGCAACUGAGCAGAACCGGAACCUAAUGAACAAGCUGGUCAAUAACGUCAGCAACGGGGGCAAGGACAGCGGCUACGGCAUGGGCAUGGGCAUGGGGAUGGGGAUGAACGUGGCGCUGAGCCUUGACGAGCACUCCACCUUCGGUCCGCACCACGACGAAGGCCUGGGCCUGGACCUGAUCCGUGAGGAGUCCAACGCCCCGCUGUUGCCUCAAAGACCCCUACCAUCCCUGCAGGCGGUGGACACCCUGAACAAUCACCUCCACCAGUCUGCGCCGCCGCCCCUCCCUCUGCCCCACCACCCCUUCUCGUCCACCGCCACUUCCUCGUCUCGCAGGAGGAUCCCCCAGGAGAACAGCGAGAGCUUCUUUCCCCUACUCACCAACGAGCACACCGACGACGAGGGCUCAUCGCCCGGCCACAACCACCAGAGGGACUCCCUCUACACCAGCAUGCCCAUGCUGCCCGGCCUGCCUGAGCCGUCCGUGGAACCCGCCGACGGCGGGGACGCCAAGAGCCCCGAGGCCAGUUCGGACGACGUUUACUACAAGAGCAUGCCCAACUUGGGCUCACGCAACCACCUCCAUCAGCUGCACUCCUAUUACCACUUAGGGCGGGGCAGCAGCGAUGGCUUCAUCGUGCCCCCCAACAAAGAGGAUCUAUCUCCAGAAGAAGCCCAGCCGGAGCCCUCGCACCUGGUCACCAGCCUAUAGGCCCGACGCCACCGCCGCUCCUCCAGUGUCCCUCCUAUUACCAGAGUCCUCUUCACCGUGUCCCCUCGUUCCUUCAGUCGUUGGCAGUGGUAGCCUUUCUUUUUAUUCUGUGCCCCCGAAGACAGAAGCAGAGCAAAGGACUCGGAAUCGCUUUUGCCGACCACAAGCGGGGUAUUCUCGCUGUAUUUGUCUGGGGGCCUAAUAUGUGACUAUUCGGUUAAACAUUGCAGGAAUCUGUUGAUGUUGUGUUCCUCUUCUCCAACCCUGUGUGGUUUGGUGUGUUUUGUCUCGGUGUGAAAAGAGACAAUUACUCACACAGGAUUUUUAGUCUGAGAGUCAAAAUGAACUGCAAAGCCCGCCCAACUACACAAGUCGAAACUAUAGACUUCUGCAGAGUAAAUGGGAAAUUUAAAAAAAGGACUAUUUUAUUAUACUUCUGUAUCUAUAUUGCUUUUUUGAAAGAUUUUCUUCCUCUUUGGUGAGUUGCAGCACAUUUUGUUUGCUGAAGUGUCCCUUCGAUGAAAACAUGACACAGAAAAAAAGAACACAAAACACACACUUUGAACAAUUACCACGAAGGAAUUAUUGAUCGUAUGCUUUCAGGCAUAGCUGUUGUUUUUCUUUCAUUUUACUGUAAUAACAGUUGUCAAAAGAGGGAGAAAAAAACUAAUAAGAUAAUUAUGAGAUAUUUCUAUGUAAUUGUACAGAUAACUAGCAUUGCACACAGUAGUAUGCUCUUUUUUGUUCCGGGCAAACCCUUUGUCUGUGUAAAUGUAGUGGUUAGGAGCAAUUUCGUUCUGUUGUGCUGGCCUUUCUGGUUUUCUGGUACCAGUCUGUUUAUUGUUUUUGUUUUCCUCUUUUAUCACUUUCCAAGAAUUGAACAUCUAAAUAGAAGCAAGAUAACACAAAAAAUACCGCAACAAAACAUGUACCGUGCUGGCAUUUCUGUGCUACAUAUUUGUCUUUGUUUUCGGGUCUACUUUCUGUUUCAUUUGGAUUUCUUCCCCCUUUUUGUACUGUGAGGAUAGCAGAGUUCUGAUUCCCAGAUCGUCGAGGACACAGAACAAGUCCAGGUCAAUCAUGAGGUGUCCCUCAGAAAGGUUCGUAGUGCAGUCUGCAUCUUCACUGGCAUUCGCUUGUGCUUCGAGAGAAAGAGCGAGAACAAAUUGAACAUUAAUGAGCACUAGGCACUUGUACAAAACAGAAAGAUGUUUGUUUUACUUAUUAAAGAAAGAGCUUUUGGAGUGAGAAAAACUGGAAGUGUUUUUUGUUUUUCUUCCUCAAGGAGAAAAUAUAUUUAUUUUGUCUGUUUACUAAACAGUAAUCAAAUGCAGGAUGGAGUCAAGUUUAGUGGCACAGAUAAGUUGUUAUUCUUGGAAAUGGUUAUGGCUUCUUAUUUAUUCCUUAUGUAUAACGGUUUCCAAGUUGAAUGGCCGCAUAACUAAUAUUUGUUGUAACAGUGGAACUUGUUUACCAACAAAUAAAUAACUGACAAAGAUUCAUCACUUAGCUACAACAAAAGUUUUGUCUGGGUCUUGGAACUCUUUUAUAUGGACACCAGCGAAGGACCUCCAAAUGAUGUAACGAUAAAUUCAUUUUUUUAUUAUCAGUUAAUAUCCCUCAUUAGCCCUCUGUCCAUUUUAGUGCCAAAUAAACGUUGGCCCAGAAACAGUGGAUGUGCUCUGUAUAUGCUCUGGUCUGCUUUACAAUAGAAGCAGUGAUUUCAUAAACUGUAAUAAAUAUUUCAAUAUCA